AUGUCGGACAUGCUUACUAUUCUUUCACGUCCAUCAUCGUUUCGCUUCGUUGAGUCAAUAGAGUUCAUGAAAGAUGCUCGAAUCUUCGGCAUCAUCUCCACCACUCUCUACAUCAUUGCAAUUUUCUCCAGUAAACGCUUUCUUCGCGAUCGAAAGCCGUUUCAGUUAACAACUCCAUUGGCUUUAUGGAAUCUUUGUUUGGCAACCUUCAGCGGCAUCGGUUUCUCUGUUGUUGCACGAAAAACAUGGAUGGACAUUAAAGUCAAUGGCUUUUCUUCGGCUUUCUGUAACCCGUUGGAGACAGAAAUUUUGAAUGGUUGGUCCGGUUGGUAUCAGGUUCUCUUUGUGCUGAGCAAAGUGAUUGAACUUGGAGAUACGGUAUUUAUCGUGCUGAGGAAGCGACCAUUGAUCUUCUUGCAUUGGUACCACCAUGUAUUCACUCUUAAUUAUUGCAUCUGGACUUUUGAAGUCAUGAAGGGUGUGCAUUUAUACAUCGGACUCAUCAAUUUUGCCAUUCACACUUUCAUGUACAGUUACUUUUUCUGUCGAGCAACGCAAAUACGUAUUCCGGGUUGGUUCGCUCAGUGCUUGACGAUGGCGCAGAUUAUGCAAUUCUUCCUUUCGAUCGCUGUACAGUUUUACGCCUACCACCUUUACAUCAAUUGGGGCUGUGAGCGAGCCAUCCAUUUUCCUUCCUUCUACAUCUGCCUCCUUAUGGAACUAAGCUACGUUGGAUUGUUUUCCCGCUUUUUCUAUACUUCUUACAUCUCUUCGCUGAAAAAAGCAAAACGCCAA